AUGCCACCGAAAUCUCAAGAACAGGUUGAUGACAAGCGCCAAGCCGCGCGUGAAGUCAUCGAUAUUCUCCAGGAGAUUUCCGACUUGCUGAAUACCAACCUAGACCGCACAGAGCUGUCGCUUUGCGUGUCUCUUAUCGAAAAUGGUGUCAACCCCGAUGCUUUGGCGACUGUCAUCAAGGAUUUGCGUAAGGAGACUGGUUCCUCAAAGCGCCUAGCCAACGCUCCCACAGUGGAGUAA